GGAGCCCAGUAAAUAUUAGCAACUGGGACGACUAUCCCUGCCCGCGGUGGCUGGCCUUGGGCGAGUCGCUGGCCCUCUCCGGCCCUGAACCUUCUCCUUUGCGAAGUGGGGGGAACCCAGGGGACAGCCGAGGUGCCCGGCACACGACAGAGCUCAGGCACCGGCCGAGGGGUCGUUAGCGAGGGCGGCCGCUGCCCAGCGCCGUCCUGAGACACCCCGUAGGUUUUCUUGGAGCCGACGAGUGUGUCAAUCGAGGAGCGAGGAAUGUGAUACGUCCCGGCAGCUGGGGGAGCCGGAGCAUAUCUGGUAUGUGUCUCUGGAAUGAUUUGGGGAAAAUUCACCGAAGUUGGAACUUGAGACGCGAACUGCCAGGGGACCGAGCGAUAGGGAGCUGUCCGCGCGCGCGCACACCCCCCGCGGCCUCGCAGAGGGACCUGGUGCGGGGGUGGGAGGCGGCGGACCCGGCCCAGCACUGCUGCUAGGGCCCGCCCUGGAAUGGCCUUGAACUUGUUGUUUUUCCACGUCAUUUGCUCUCAAAUGUACUAUCAGGCCAGGCGAUGCUAACCCUGCGGCUGCAGGUCCCUCCUUGUAACAAGCGAUUGUGUGUUCUUCAGAGGUGGCCACGGGGAGGAGGGGGCCCGGCCCGAGGAGGUGGGGGAAAGGGAAACAAACCGCUCCUUUCCAGGGAGCUUGCGUGUCCUGGAGCCAGCUCCCCCCCAAAGCACAUGCCAUUUCUGGCCCUUGAAGGGGUUAAAGGCCUCCUGGAGUCAAAAACAAGCAGGUGUCCCACCGUGCCAGAGACGCCCGCCUAAACCGCUUCCAGCUUUUUUUUUUUUUUCCUCCUUCUGCAACAAGUCUGUGAUCAGCCACGGGACAGAGGAGCCAGCAGCCUGCCUGUGACAGGCAUCAGGUUAGCUCGCUCCCACUCGGGUGGCGCGCCCAGGAUAUAAAUCCAGGCUCAGCCCCUGCCGCGGCUCUUCUCCCUGCACACUCAGGAGAGGGAGUUUCCUUGCAAAGACCUUUCCUUUAUCUGAAGCCGCGCAGCCCAGCGGGCUCCACUGACUUGGUGGAGGUGGCCGCGGCGGCCGCGAGGAAGCCCGCCGGGGUGGGGAGGGCAGGUGUCUGCAGCCCAGAGAAGGACAAGGCCCCGGUGGGCCCCAGCCCCUGGCCCCGUCGCAGGGGAGGUCUCGAGCCACCGCAGACCGCAUCAUGGGGGCCCCGGGGUGCUGCCGGCUCUGGUCCGGCUGGGCGCAGGCGGCACUUCUCCUGCUGCUGCUUGGGGCGCCCCCGAGGGGCCUGGCACUGCCGCCCAUCCGCUAUUCUCAUGCGGGCAUCUGCCCCAACGACAUGAACCCCAACCUCUGGGUGGAUGCCCAGAGCACCUGCAAGCGGGAGUGUGAGACGGACCAGGAGUGCGAGACCUAUGAGAAGUGUUGCCCCAACGUGUGCGGGACCAAGAGCUGCGUGGCCGCCCGGUACAUGGACGUGAAAGGGAAGAAGGGCCCGGUGGGCAUGCCCAGGGAGGCCACCUGCGACCACUUCAUGUGUCUGCAGCAGGGCUCCGAGUGUGACAUCUGGGACGGCCAGCCCGUGUGUAAGUGCAAAGAUCGUUGUGAGAAGGAGCCCAGCUUCACGUGUGCCUCCGACGGCCUCACCUACUAUAACCGCUGCUACAUGGACGCUGAGGCCUGCUCCAAGGGCAUCACGCUGGCCGUCGUCACUUGCCGCCACCAUUUCACGUGGCCCAACACCAGUCCCCCGCCGCCCGAGACCACCGUGCGCCCCACCACGGCCUCCCUGGAGACGCCGGGGCUGGAUGUGGCGGCCCCGGCUCUGCUCCACCACCCGGUGCCCCAGUCGGUCACCGUGGGCGAGACCGUCAGCUUCCUGUGCGAUGUGGUGGGCCGGCCCCGGCCCGAGAUCACCUGGGAGAAGCAGCUGGAAGACCGCGAGAACGUGGUCAUGCGGCCCAACCACGUGCGCGGCAACGUGGUGGUCACCAACAUCGCCCAGCUGGUCAUCUACAACGCCCAGCCCCAGGACGCCGGCAUCUACACCUGCACGGCCCGGAAUGCCGCCGGGGUCCUGCGCGCCGACUUCCCGCUGUCCGUGGUCAGGGGGGGUCAGGCGGUGGCCCCCUCGGAGAGCACCCCCAACGGCACGGCCCUCCCCGCGGCCGAGUGCCUGAAGCCCCCCGACAGUGAGGACUGCGGCGAGGAGCAGACCCGCUGGCACUUCGACGCGCAGGCCAACAACUGCCUCACCUUCACGUUUGGCCAUUGCCACCGCAACCGGAACCACUUCGAGACCUACGAGGCCUGCAUGCUGGCCUGCAUGAGCGGGCCACUGGCCGUGUGCAGCCUGCCCGCCCUGCAGGGGCCCUGCAAAGCCUACGCGCCCCGCUGGGCCUACAACAGUCAGGCCGGCCAGUGCCAGUCCUUCAUCUACGGCGGAUGCGACGGCAACAGCAACAACUUCGAGAGCCGCGAGGCCUGCGAGGAGUCCUGCCCCUUCCCUCGGGGGACCCAGCGCUGCCGGGCCUGCAAGCCACGGCAGAAGCUCGUCACCAGCUUCUGUCGGAGCGACUUCGUCAUCCUGGGCCGCGUGUCCGAGCUGACCGAGGAGCCCGACGCGGGGCGGGCCCUGGUGACCGUGGACGAGGUCCUCAAGGAUGAGAAGAUGGGCCUCAAGUUCCUGGGCCGGGAGCCGCUGGAGGUCACCCUGCUCCACGUGGACUGGAGCUGCCCCUGCCCCAACGUGACGGCGGGCGAGACGCCGCUCAUCAUCAUGGGCGAGGUGGACGGCGGCAUGGCCGUGCUGCGGCCGGAUAGCUUCGUGGGAGCGUCCAGCAGCCGGCGGGUCAGGAAGCUGCGCGAGGUCCUGCACAAGAAGACCUGCGACGUCCUCAAGGAGUUUCUGGGCUUGCGCUGAGGCCCUGCCCCCCCGCCCCUCCCCGGCCCCCUCCCCGGCCCUCGUCCACCUACCCACCCCCCACGCCCCUCAGUCCGCAAACUGGGCAAGGUCAGGCUCGACAGUUGUAAGCCAGUGGGGAAAAUGCACCGGAGGUUCUUAGAACAACUUCUAGUCUUGGGCUCAAGAAGGGGUCUGUAUCUUCUUUAGCUGAGGGGGACCAAAGGGGAAGCCACCAGACACCUGCAAGCUAUUCUUGAUGACCAGUCGGUGGGGCGUUGUGACCCUCUCUGUGCUGGUCGGCCGCCUCUGCUGGCUCUCCCUGCCCCCAGCCAGCUCCCAGCCAGGCUUCCGGAGGUGGCAUCUGAACGGUCGUGGGAAUCACGGAAUGAAUCAGUUUGCAAAAGGGGUAGGUGGGGAGAGAAAGGAGGGACCAGGGACUCUUUGGACAAAUUCCCCAGAGCCCCCUAGAUCACUACGAGCAGAAACCACUUCAUGUUAGGGCUUGUGGGAUAUGGGCAGCGGUGGGGUGGGGGGCAUGGUCUGACCCAGCACACCCCUUGCCCUGAGGCGGUGGUCAGCCGUGCUUCGGUCAGGUGGGCCCUGCAGUCUCUGAGGCCACCAUGGCACCGGCAGAAUACACAUUCUUCAUGUUUCUCCUUGGCUUUAUUGGUUGGUUUAUUGAUUGUUGACAUAUUAACUUAGCUCUGUUCAGUCCGACUCAAUGGACAAUUUCUGAACACUUUCUGGGUGCCGGGUGCUAGGAUACAGAUAUUAGUCAAUGCCCAGAUCCUGGUGACUGAAUGUGAAUGUCCAGAUCCCAGGGUCCCCACCACCCCAAUCCCCCCGCCCCGGGAAGCAGACCCAUGCCGGGCCCUCCCAACUGUCAAAUGGUCCCAUUGGAAGGACAGUGUGCUUUCAUCUGUCACUGGCUUCCUUGGACAGAAAGCAGAUAGAAGCCCCAGGAUCUGUUCUGGUGGGCAGGGAGAUAAAGGGAAAGUUGGGGUUGGGAUGGGGAGCAGGGUGAAAGAAGGGAGGGAGGAGGGGAGUCAGGCUUGGGAAGGAAAAGGAAUGUUGCUCGAUGCUUCCAUCUGGUGGUGGCCUUGGGAGCUGCAGGGACCUGAGGGAGGCUCUAAGUGAGACCUGGGAGGGCAGGUUUGGGAAUGUGGCAGCUUGUUGGUGACUUCUCGUUUCUGGACUUCCUGUGCAGGUCCAGCCACCCCCCACCCACCCCCCACACACACGAUAAAUGACUUGGGAAAGCCACUGUCAGCUCUACAUCUGCUCCCCCAUUCCCUCCUCAGCCCUUCCUUCUGUCCAGGUCCCUCCAAAGGAGAAAAGAUCAUUGUGGGGCACCCUCGUUUCUUCCUCCAAUGUAGGGAGGAAGGUACCAAUUAAAAGUUCAUAGUAUCAACAGCCCUUCUUGUGUGAUUUGUUUGGGUUAAUGAGUGUGUGUGGUGGUGGGGGGCUGUCAUUUGCUCUGGUGACCAGGAGGGAAGUCUGGCCAACGGGACCACAUUUGGGUGAUGGAGGGACACGAACAUUCACCCCACUUUGGAGCUCUGAGGCUCCUUCACUGUGGUGCUCCCCCCAGCUCAGGAAAGCUGAGGCCAGAGAGGCCAGGUGACGUCCCCCAAGAACACAGAGGCAGGAAGAUUGGGGACUUAGGCCCAGAUGUUCUAACUACGUCUCAGGCCCCCUGCCCAUCACGACAGCAUGGCGGGCCAGGGGCAGACUCCGGACCCUGUCACUGAUGGUGUCGUGUUGAGAGGCACAAAGCUGGAGGAGACAUGAGCGGGGCGGAAAGAGGUGGGCCACCCAGCUAUAGCUCCCCAGGGGCUUCUGGGUGUGGCCUGGUCCCAAAGCUGUAGGUGUGCUCAGAGCACAGGGCUGCAGUUCCCUGGAUGGAGAUAGCAGCACCUUUGGCCUCAGGUGCUUGGGACGGUUCCCUGUCCCUGGAGAUGCGUUCAGGAGCCUGUGGCCGUGGAGGCAUGCCUCACAGCUCGUCCGGCCCUCAGGCUGCAAGCCAGCCAAGCUCAAGAGACACCUGUCCCCUGUCCACUUCCCUGGGUCUUCCCGGGCCACAGCCCCAAGGAGGAAUGCACACCCAGCCCCACCCAGCCUGGCCCGGUCUAGCCAAACCCUCCUUAGAGAGAAUUCCUGCAAGAAGGAGGGGGCCAGCAUGGGGAAGACAAGCUCCUCCCGGGCCAGAGGAGUGCGAGCUUCCCAAGUCACCACU